AUGGGCGACAAGGACAAUAACAACAACAACAGCAAUGCUCCCAAUGAUUACAGCAACUCCGAGAACGAGUUUUGGAUAUUCGGAUAUGGCGAAGACCACCGCGGCACGCCCUCCUCCCCCGGCCGCGUCGUAACACUCAUUUCGCACACACACUGGCUUACGCUCGACGAUCCACAUCCGCACCCCAUCCCCUAUAAAACCUCCUCCUCACCCACCACCUCACCUACCCCCUCCCCAAAAGUCUACGGAACCGCCUACCGAAUCCUCGCUUCCAAAGUAACCGAAGUACGCGACGCGCUCGACAUCCGCGAGAUAAACGGCUAUACCAUCCACUAUACUCCUUUUUAUCCAUCCUCCUCCUCUCCCCUCUCCUCUUCCUCUCCUCCCUCAUCCACCCUCCCCUUCUCCUCCCCCUCUUACCUUUCCUCCCCAUCCUCCCCAUCCUCCCCAUCCAACAAAGCAAACCCAACCACCAGUAUCAGAACACUAGUAUACAUCGGAACACCCGACAACGCACAAUUUACCGGACCGCAAGAUCCUCAAAAAUUGGCCGAGCAUAUAUGGAGGAGUGAAGGCCCCAGUGGUUUGAAUCGGGAUUAUCUUUGGGGUUUGGAUAUUGCUUUGGAUGAGCUAAGUCCUGAGAGUGGUGAUGAGCAUGUCAAGGACCUGGCAGAUCGGGUUCGGAAGAUAGCCGAGAGGCAAAUAGGUGUCGAAGCAGAAGCAAGUCACACAAAGGUUAUAGAUCAUGAACUCAAGAAGGCUCCGAAGCAAGGAUGA